AGUUCCUCACUGUACUUCCUGUUUAUGUCCGAGGAGAAUGACCUGCCGUCGUGUGCCGCUUUAGUUUAUAUGUCUGCAGAGAGAUCAUACUUUCUGGUUUGAACACAACGAACAUGGUUUAUCUUUUGAGUUUUGUUCUGCUGCUGAGCGGCGCGGCUCCGCUGGCUGCGGCACCCACAGGGAGCAGCUACCUGCCGGGCACAGGCAGGUUCUGGCACAUCACGGACCUCCACCUGGACCCCACCUACCACCUGGCCCCAGACCCCACCAAGGUUUGCUUCUCCUCCAAAGGAGUCCCCGCCACCCACGCCGGCCUGUACGGGGACUUCCUGUGUGACUCUCCCUACCGCCUCAUCCAGUCAGCAUUCGCUCACAUGGCACCGCUCACACAGCCACAGGACUUCAUCAUAUGGACCGGUGACAGUCCACCUCAUGUCCCUGCAGAGGAGCUCUCUACAGACUUAGUGAUCCAGGUGAUCAGCAAUAUGACCCAGACCAUCAGACAGCACUUCCCCAAUCUGACAGUCUUCCCUGCCCUGGGAAACCAUGACUACUGGCCUCAGGACCAGAUGACAGCCUCCACUAAUGCCAUCUACAAAGCUGCUGCCCAGCUGUGGAAACCGUGGUUGCAGCCUGAAGCUCUGCUCACACUCUCACAAGGUGGUUUCUACUCCCAGCUGGUAAAACCUGGUUUGCGGGUAGUUAGUCUCAACACCAUCCUCUACUACGGUCCUGAUAAAGUCACAAGUAACAUGACAGACCCUGCUGGACAGUUCGAGUGGCUGGAGAAAACUCUGGAGAAAGCUGCUCAGAGCCUGGAGAAGGUUUAUAUCAUAGCUCAUGUACCAGUGGGGUACCUGCCCUUUGCCAGAAACACCACUGCUAUAAGAGAGAGCCACAACGAGAGGCUGGUUGCCAUCUGCAGGGAGUACAGUCACGUCAUUGCCGGACAUUUCUAUGGCCACACCCACCGUGACAGCAUCAUGGUGCUGUUGGACCAACAAGGUAAACCAGUGAAUUCUCUGUUUGUGUCCCCGGCUGUUACACCGAUCAAACAUGUUUUGGAGCCCUACUCUAACAACCCAGCUUUCCGCAUGUACUUGUACAGCAGUAAGGACUACACUAUGUUGGAUAUCUGGCAGUACUAUUUGAAUCUGACGGAAGCCAACGAGAAACAAAGAUCUGACUGGAGGCUUGAAUAUAUCAUGACUGAAGCUUUUGGACUUACUGACCUGCUGCCACAAAGCCUGCUCCAGCUGGGCCUGAGCUUCAGGCUGCCGCAGACCAAAGCCUUUGACAAGUAUUUCAGUCACUACAUGGUCAGCUACAACAGCAGCAUCAUCUGUGGGGGAGACUGCAAGGUCAGCCAGGUGUGUGCGGUGCUCUACCUGGACCAGCUGUCCUACUCCAAAUGUGUUGCAAAAGGAGAAUGGUAGCGGAUUGAAACUGAAGGAUUGUCGUGGGAUUUGUCUCAAGAUUCACAUUUAGUUUCUGAUUUUUAAUUUAAAAUCAAAUUAUUUUUUACUCUGCUGGAAUCAUGAAAAGGAGAAUGCCAUGCACUGGAUCUGCUCCUCCCUAAUAUUCAUCCAACUAUUUUACCUUUUAUGUUUUUUUUACAAGCAACAUUUUCAUCAAACAAAUUGCACAGCUCCACAGUGAAUCAGUAGUUUAAUAUACCGAUGCAAUGUGAAAAAUAUUAGAAAUACUUUGAUAAUACUGAAUUGCAGCCUUCAAAGUGCCUUAAUUUCUCAUCUGACCCCUCUUCCUCUCAGUUUUACUUCAAGGGAGAAUGGUGGCAUGAAUGUGGAUGGAAGGAUUUAUCUCAGGAAUCUCAUUUAGCUUUUGAUUUUAAUUUUUUUUUUUUUUGUACUUAAUGAGAAAAAUCAUGAUGAAGGGUAUGCCAUGCUGCACAUGGAUGAAAAUGUAGGAUUCUUGAGGGAUUUGUCUCAGGAGUCGCAUUCAGUUUUUUGGGGGUUUUUUUUCAAAUAAUACAUGUUGUUACCUAAAUGAUGGAGUCAUAAAAAGGGAAAUGGCAAAUAUUUAUCUGGGAAAAGAAAAUGCAAUAUAACAAAUUUUUAUUUCCAAGAUGAUUUUUCAUCAGGUGACAUUAGAUAUUUUAGUUUUUGGUAUGGAAACGUUGCAUUGCAGACCUCAAAUAGCAGUACAUAAGUAAUUGAAAAUAGAGAAAAUAUUCUUGUAAUCAUGUUUCAAGAGUGAUGUUGACUCUAAGGGAUAAUAGCUAAGACAUAAUAGCUUUUAUCUGGAUAUGUCUCAUAAAAAAAGAGUAAAGUAUCUCAUUUGAAAUCUGUUCAGAAUGAGUUGGAGCUUCUUAGUCCAUCGUGCAAGUUGUAUCCCUUCUUGCACUAAUGGAUUAUACCUAAUCUGUGGAAUGAUCCAAUUGCUGCCUAAUGGGACCAUCACUUGAGCUGAUGGUGUUGAUUAAUCAUGAACACACACUUAGAUGUGCCAUUUUAAACAUGACUAUGCCCAUUAUAUACAGUUUAUCACAUAGUUGAAACAUGUUUGUUAAAUAUAAAAUUCCAAGUAUGAGAUGUGAACUGUUCCAGGAAUACAUUUAAUUUGUGUCAAAUGUGUGUGAAUGAUGAACUGUGGUGAUUUGUGUGACGUUACCAGUGCUGUGACAUAAAGAUGCAAUAUGAAUAGGUAACACAAUUAAUGUUACAUAUCACUUAUUUUUCUACUAAAUAAAGAUCUUUAUUCAAAGAA